CUCAACCGACCUCCUUCUUGAACAGCAACGCCCCACACAACCCACUUACCACACCUCGAUCUACCCACCACUUCUCUUUUCUCUAUGGACGUCAUCCCAGCCGAAGCUCCCGUCAUCUUGAACCGUGGUCCGCGGAUAAACGGCAUGGGAGAACAUGGUAGCUCCAGGAGACGAGUCCUCAAUACUACUUCUGCUGAUUUGCACCACCGGCUCCGUGAUGAGCAACGAGUUCAGGCAGUCAAGCCGCCCAGUCUUCCUGAUUUUGAGGAACUUCAACCGGCAAACGGUGGACCACGCCACUCAUCAAAUCCGGCUCGACGUCCUAAUGUCCCAAACGUGAACCACAAAGUCACAACCUCUAACCCCCUCGUCGUUGCACCCGGAAUAGGGACGCGGGAGGAACCCCUACCAACGAGGUCCCACUUUAUUGAGGCAACCAUUCGCCUCCGAUCUGUAGCUGAGGACAACGCUGCACAGGCCGCGACCCUAGGGUUCCUCAGUACUCGCUUAGAGGAGAGCAGAAAGAGGCUGCAAGACCUUCGAAACCUGGCACAGACGCUUCGAGUGCGACGGCAGCGGAUGGAAACGGCGAUCACUUACCUAGGACUCCAUAAGGGCACCUGGGACAUGCCAGAUGCGGACACCCAGGGCCAUGAAGGUGACAGGGACCGUCGUGCACCAUCCCCGAGUCCGGGGAUUGGGAGGCCGCCCCCCCGCCAGCAAUCGCGGCCCUCCGCCAAAUUGGGGGCAAGGCCGACCGCUCUCGACCUGCUCGGCUCCUCUCCCCAAGGUCCUGCAGAGCCUCAGCCGUCAGGCGAGCCACUACAUUUCCGUGGUGCUCCAUCUCCUAGUCCCCGACGUUUUAG